AUGAUGCAACCAUAUGUCAUUGUCACACCCAACACAACCAUCCAACCAUCGUCAUCUCUUGAAGAAAUACCACACCAUGAAAUGAAUCAAGACACACAUCAUCAUGAGGAAAUUUUGGAACACAAGACCAUUCCCGAACAACCUCACGAAACAGCUGUACAAGGAACAGCCAUGACCACGAUGGGAGAAUAUGGACAACUCGAUGCCGAAAGUUCGAAACCAGUGCUGCAGAGAAAUCCUUACAUUUCAUUACUAUUUCAUAAUAAGAGAUUUAUGAUGAUUUGGAUGGCAGGAGUAUUGUCUGGAAUGGGAAAUUAUUUUUCGGAAAUUGGAUUUUUAUUAAUGACCUUUACCAUUCACGUGUCCAUGUUCAUGAUUGGAAGUUUCAUAUUAGGAUCUGCUGCUGGUGUCAUUUGGUGUACAGCAUGUCUGCCAUUGAACAAUUAA